AUGACGAAGUGCCUAACACCUUCAGGAAGAUUAGCUCUUACAAAAUCUUCCCUAACCCCUGCGUCAAAUCACAUAAUGCAAGCACAACUUCUUCCUAUUAAUGUGAAUAAGAAAAUAGAUCGUAUUAUCAGAAACUCUUUUUGGGUACAUGACUCCUCGGUUAAGAAGCUUCACCCACUAGGCUAUGAUAAGCUGACUAGAACCCAAUCAGAAGGUGGUCUGGGAAUUCGAAAAAGAAGCGAUCAUAAUAAAGCAUUACUCAUGAAGUGGGUCUGGAACAUCCAGGAGAAACCAAAUUCAAUCUAUGCUAUCCUUUUCAGUGAGAAAUAUCUUAGGCAGCAACCUCUCUUUUUAGGAACUCCAGCUACCCCAUCUUCAACCAGUCCUCAAUGGAAGCAAUUAGCAUCCCUCAUACCCACAAUCAAACAACAUCCUUUUCACAAAAUCGGAGAUGGGUUAACAACCUUUAUUCAAGAAAACUGGAUUCCACAAUUCGAUAACACCCUGAAUCCAGCGAAUUGUUACCGAAUCCAGACAGUUUCUCAUUGA